AUGUUGUUCCGCGCACCCGUCCUUUGCAUGGCUGCUAGCCUGCUCAGCGCUCCUCUCGCCGCUGCUCUGCCCACCACCGAGCGAUCGACCUUGACUGCUCGCGAUGACACUCAGUGCGACGUCAACACGAACUUCUACGUCUGCCACAUCAACAACUUCCGCGGCUGCUGCUCCGUCGACCCCUGCGCUCUGAAGGACGGCUGCCCCGACGACAAGGACGACAGCUCCGACGACGACAACUCUAAGAACGGCUCCGAUGAUGACAACGACGAUGACAACGAGUCCGACUCCUCCGACGAUGAGACCGAAGAGCCCGCCUCCUGCCCCUCCUCCGGCAAAACAACCAAGCUCUUCCAGCCGCACAUGGAAACCCUCUUCGUCAAGCCCGCCGGCGCCUCCAUCUCCACCCCCAACCUGAACAUCAGCAAGUCGAACGCCCGCGAAUGGCAGCAGACGAUCUCCUGGAAGCUCCCCUCCGCGGCCAAGGACUGCAAACUUGGCUGGGACAUCCCUGAGGAGCGCAACUUCAAGUCUGGCAACAACUCGCGGGUGGCUGUCUACGACGGCGACACCAAGAUCACGUCUGCGGACUUCGCCUUCUGGCCCGAUACCCCCGGUGCUCGGUCCAGCCCUGUCGGGGGGGUCGACUGCAAGGAGGACCUUGAGUUCCGUCUGGAGUUGGUUUACAACGGUGAAUAUGUCUUCAUGGAGCAGAAUGAGGAGACGGGUUGGUGGGUUGAGUUCAGCUGCUAA